AUGAGCCGUAAGGUCCCAAUCUUUUGGGCAAUCCAUGCGAUUCUAAUAGGAGACAUAUACAGUAUAUCCUUUAAGCGCAAACAAAAGCAGCGAUCCGGUUUCAGCUUAUCGAACCUAUUUUCCAAUAAUACGACAGAAUUCGUUGCUGGAGACGCAGGGUUCACAUCUUCGAACACCCGAAAUGGGCAACUCCAUGAAAGUGUAUCAUCUUCAAGGGAUCGACCGAUGAGUAACAAUGGAAAUGCUACUGCCCAAAAAGAGGGCGGUCUCCUUGAUUGGUAUGUGGAAGGUCCAGGGCGACGAGUAGGCUAUGAUGACCUGACCGCAAUCGACUGGAUAUUUGAGUACACAAAAGAACGCCAGAGGAAGAGACAUCUGUAUUCUCAUGGCCAAGGGGCUGUAGGAUAUGUACUUAAAUUCCUCGACGCCAGUAAUGUCUGGAUAGUAUUGAUCGCUACCGGAAUCUUGGUCGGGAUUAUUGCAGCUUUUAUUGAUGUUGCAAGCGACUGGUUAGGAGAUUUGAAAACUGGAUAUUGCAAGAAUGGGGCUGGGGGAGGCAAGUUCUACCUAAAUAAAAGCUUCUGUUGCUGGGGUCAUGAUGGUAAGCUAUUCUUUGCUCCAAGAUUGUACCCUGAGGUAUCUUUACUAAAUUAUGGAUUAGAUAUAUCGAACUGUCUAGACUGGACACCCUGGGGGAAAGCACUAGGUGUUGCCUCUUCCGGCGGCGUCUUCACGGUAGAAUAUUUAUUCUACGUCCUUUAUUCUGUACUGUUUGCUGUAUGCGCUACAGUCUUGGUUAGGACAUAUGCGCUGUAUGCGAGACACAGCGGUAUCCCUGAAAUCAAGACGAUUCUCGGUGGCUUCGUGAUAAGGCAUUUUAUGGGACCUUGGACGCUUGCAAUAAAAUCUUUGGGAUUAUGUCUAUCCGUCGCAUCUGGUUUGUGGCUGGGUAAAGAAGGCCCUCUUGUUCAUGUCGCAUGCUGUUGUGCCAGCGUGAUAAUGAAACCUUUCGAAAGCUUAAAUCAUAAUGAAGCGAGAAAACGCGAAGUUCUGUCCGCAGCCGCUGCUGCGGGCAUCUCUGUUGCGUUCGGGGCCCCAAUCGGGGGCGUCCUAUUUAGUUUGGAGCAAUUAUCCUAUUACUUCCCCGACAAGACAAUGUGGCAAAGCUUUGUCUGUGCCAUGGUUGCUGCAGUGACGUUACAAGCCUUAAACCCUUUUCGUACGGGCAAUAUUGUCCUUUACGAAGUCACGUACACACGCGGAUGGCAUCGCUUUGAGAUGAUUCCGUUUGUUAUACUUGGCAUAUUAGGCGGCCUAUAUGGAGCGUUUCUUAUCCGCUUGAAUAUGAAAAUCGCUCAAUGGCGACGAUCUCGGAGCUGGUCACGACCAAUUGCAGAGGUGGUGUUAGUAGCUCUUUUAAGUGCGUUGAUCAAUUAUCCGAACUUGUUUAUGAGAUCUCAAAACUCCGAACUUGUUCAUUCUCUCUUUGCUGAGUGUGGAAAUGGGGGUGAGGAUCUUUUUGGUCUAUGCAAAACCGGCGCUGCGUCCGUUACUACAAUAGUUCUUCUGCUUAUGGCUGCGAUCCUCGGUUUUUUCCUUGCAUCAAUGACUUUCGGUUUGGAUCUACCUGCCGGUAUUAUCCUACCUUCCGUUGCUAUUGGUGCUUUAUAUGGACGUGCUCUAGGGACGACUUUCAAGAUGUGGCAAGAAGCUUAUCCCAAAGUUUUCCUCUUCGGUAAUUGCGAGCCGGAUAUCCCCUGCGUCACUCCAGGACUAUAUGCAAUCGUUGGUGCGGCUUCGGCCCUUGGCGGAGCCACUAGGAUGACUGUGUCGAUAGUGGUCAUCAUGUUUGAACUCACAGGUGCUUUGACCUACGUUAUCCCAAUCAUGAUUGCAGUCAUGCUAUCGAAAUGGUGCGGCGACAUAUUUGGAAAGCGUGGCAUUUACGAGUCGUGGAUUGAAUUAAAUGAAUAUCCUUUCCUCGACCAACGUGACGAUACUACUCCACCCGAUGUGCCUGCUCAUAAGGUCAUGACAGCUGUGGAUGACUUAACAGUCAUUACCGCCGUGGGUCAUACAAUCGACAGUCUUCGGCACCUUCUCCUGACAACUUCAUACCGUGGAUAUCCCGUAGUAACCGAUACAUCAAACCCUACCCUUCUGGGUUAUAUCUCUCGAAACGAACUUUCGUUUGCUUUGAAGUAUUCGAAGUCGCCUACGGACCGAGAGUUGUCUGGUGAAACACAGGUCUUUUUUGCUCAUCAACCUUUUGCAGACCCAGUGGAGACUCUCGAUCUUCGUCCAUGGAUGGACCAGACCCCUAUCACCCUGAACAGCGGUACGACAUUUUCGCUAGUACUUCAGAUGUUCCAAAGGCUUGGACUGCGUUACAUCUUACUUUCGGACAAGGGAGUUCUCCAAGGGUUGCUCACUAAAAAGGAUGUUUGGUCUGUCCUCAACGGACCAGAGUUCCGUAAAGGCGGAUUCUCUAGAGAGAAUGUAGUCCGCCCAGUGAAUACGGCGGAAGAGGUUGGACUCCUGGAAAGCGACGACGUGACCAGUAUGGCCAGUUCUUUAGAAAGGCGCCAGUCUCUCUGA